AUGCCCCCAGACCCGUCCUCUACCUCCUCCUCCUCUUCCCAUAUCAUCUCCACGUCCUCUCCCGUAGCCGUCGACGACGUCCUGUCAUCACCCAUCGUCCCCAGUGGUGAUUCUCGAUUCGAACUCUCUGGCACCACGGCCGUCGCCCCCGUCGCCUCGGCCGCGGCGAAUUCUGCUACUCACCCCCGAGACGAGGCCGGCUUGGGCUCUGCCGGCAACGACAUCGAGAUGGAGCCAAUUCCGGGCCAUCGGCGGCGGAAGAGCAGUCUCAUGAAUCCUGUUGGCGGCCACAGUCACCCCAGUGUACCUCUCCCUGGGAGACCAAGCUAUUCUCAAAACUCACGUGCCCAAGGCACAGCUGCUUCGUCGAGCUUGGUGGAAGACGCAAAGGAACAUCUUGAUAUUCCUGGCCGAAGUGCUGGAGACUCGGGUGGAUCUAGCAGCAGAGACGACUCGAGCAGAGACAGCUUCAGUGAUGAGGACCUACACGACGACGAAGAGAUGGGGUUGACGAGGAAGGACAAAUCACGGAAGCAAAAGAAGCGCAGGAGAAACACGUUGCUGGACAACCGAAUCGCCCGCGAAAAGAACCUUUCAGACGACGAGCGCAAGGAAGCAGAUCGCAAUGUUGUCAAAAGUCUAUUUGUCAAUGGCGUUUUGAUUCUGCUGUGGUACUUUUUCUCCCUAUCCAUUUCUUUGUAUAACAAAUGGAUGUUCGACAAGGACCGCCUGAAUUUUGCGUUUCCUCUCUUUACUACGUCAACGCACAUGCUUGUGCAGUUUGGCUUGUCAGCCCUAGUUUUAACAUUUGUACCAUCAUUACGACCAAAAGCAGCACACAACUCUGACGGCGGCCGAUCGAGACACGAGACUGAACCUCAGGGCUCCAUCAUGUCCAAAAUGUUUUAUUUUACUCGCAUCGGCCCUUGUGGUGCUGCGACGAGUCUCGACAUUGGAUUGGGCAAUACGUCACUAAAGUUUAUCAGCUUGACAUUUUACACAAUGUGUAAAUCGUCCUCCCUGGCCUUUGUACUCCUCUUCGCCUUCGUCUUUCGUCUCGAAACCCCGACUUGGCGCCUCGUUGCCAUCAUUGCGGCCAUGACGUCCGGUGUCAUCCUCAUGGUAUUUGGAGAGGUCGAAUUCAAGCUUGGCGGCUUUGUUCUCGUCAUCUCGGCUGCCUUCUUUUCCGGCCUGCGCUGGGCUCUUACGCAAAUUCUUCUCCUACGAAACCCCGCCACAUCGAAUCCGUUUUCCAGCAUUUUCUUUCUCUCUCCCGUCAUGUUUGUUGUCCUGUUCUCCCUGGCCAUCCCUGUCGAAGGCUUUGGGCCACUGUGGGAAGGACUCAAGGCUCUCAGCUCCGAAUGGGGAUUCUGGACGCCUCUCUUCCUACUGUUCCCAGGCUGCAUUGCAUUCUUCAUGAUUGCGUCGGAAUUCGCCCUGCUGCAGCGAACGUCCGUCGUCACCUUGUCCAUUGCGGGCAUCUUCAAGGAAGUGGUGACCAUCUCGGCCGCCUCCAUUGUCUUUGACGACAAGCUCACACCUAUUAAUUUUGUCGGUCUUCUCGUGACCAUGGUUGCUAUCGGCGCCUACAACUACGUCAAGAUUACCAAGAUGCGGCAAGAUGCACAAAUCGAGGUCCACGAGCGGCACGCCGGUGCCCACCCUAUAACUCCAGUCAGCCACAGCGCCAGCGCCAGCGACAUGGACAAUGAUGACUCGGCGGGCGAGACGGCGGGUCUGUUGCAACAGAAUGACGACCAGGAGCAGGGAAUCGUCACAGUGGACGGGGAUAUACAGACAAACCUGCCCAAACCAUCAACCUCGCAGUAG